GUUUUUUUUUUUAAUUAUUACUAUUUUUUUUUUAAAUUCUUAAACCCUCUCCCUCUUAUCCCACAGAGUACCUCGGCGUCAGCCGCCCCCUCCGCGAAACCCAGCCGCCGCCGGCGCUACUCCCACCACGCGAACUCCAACCACCGCCGCCAAGUCCCCGGAGCUGUUGCAGACGGAUAUUUUUGGCAAUAAGAGUCAGAAAAGAGAGAAGAAGAAGAAGGAAGACACUGAGUCGCUUAUCUUUUAAUGGGGAAGCAAUUCGGAAAGAAAACGGGAUUUAAGAGACCGAAAAAUCCCGGGAAAUUCGAAUUGACUAGGUGUAGCAAGAAAAGUCGCCGUGUUGAAGAAGAAAAGAUUCCCCAUAGCCCAUCAUCUACUUCCUCGGGGGAGUUAUCUGAGGAAGAAAAUGGCAGCUUGUCUCCUGUAGAAGAAAUAGCUUAUAAGGAGCCAUCAACAUAUGACAAGUUGUUAAAUAUGCUGGGCUCGUCUAGUAAAUCUGUUAAUGAUGCAAAUAAGCUGAGACAAAGGCAAGAAGAAGGCAAAAGCGACACAGAAGAAGAUGAGGAUGAUGAUUCUGAAUCCUCUAGUUUGCCAGAGAAAGUGGAUAACGACACGGAAGGAAGUGAUGAUGAAUCUCUGGGUGACAAAACAGAGGAUCAAAGUGAAGAUGCUGAAACUGAAUCUGAGAAAGAGAUCUCUGGCUCGGAUGAGGAACAUGACUCUGGAAUUGAUGAAGAAUCUGCUUCUGAGGCAGCUAUUAGUGAGAGUCCCUUCAAUAAACACUUGACGCACAAUUUAUCAAAAAAGGAGGUUGAUGAUCUUUCAACAAAGAAGUGGAAAUAUGAGUGGAAGGUUCCUACUAUAGGGAUGUCAAAUUGCUGGUGGGUUGGCACGGGAGAGUGUUUCUUGAAGGAUGUUGAUGUCAAAGCAAGUUACGAUAUGAAGCCUAAACUGUAUCAACACUGGUUGGAUGUGUACAAGACCUCUAGUGGCAGUGAUUUUCAUUCUUCUAAAGAGAAAUUCUUCUUCACCCUAUGCAACAGCCAUCGAGAUAUUUUGCACUGCAACAAGAAACCCUUUUACCUCAGAGGCUUGGAAGAAGACUCAAGUAUCAGGGAUGCAUAUAUUAUGCAUUCUCUGAAUCAUGUCUUCAAAACUAGAGAUCUUGUGAUAAAGAAUGACACAAAAGUGGCCAAGCAUCAAAAAAAUGCUCAGGAUGACAUGCCUUAUGAUGAUGUUCUCCGUGAUCAGGGAUUUACUCGUCCUAAGGUUUUGAUCAUGUUGCCACUUGCAAGCACUGCACUUCGUGUUGUUAAGAGGCUUAUACAAUUGACCCCUUCAGCUCACAAGGCUAAUAUAGAGCACCUAGAUCGAUUUUAUAAGGAGUUUGGAACUGAAGGCGUUGAAGACAGUAAGGAAGAAACAGAAGCACCCAGAAGUGCAAAACCUCAAAAAUCAUCUAAACCUUCUGACUUUCAGUCACUUUUUGGUGGGAAUAACAAUGAUCACUUUGUUGUCGGCAUAAAGUUUACUAGGCGGAGCAUAAAGCUGUACAGUGAUUUUUAUUCCUCGGACAUUAUAGUUGCUUCUCCUCUCGGUUUAACUACUAAACUUGGGCAGAUUGAUAGAGACAAGUCAAAGGAUGUUGAUUAUCUUUCGUCUAUAGAGGUUCUAGUUAUUGAUUAUGCAGAGGUGAUAGCAAUGCAGAAUUGGUUGCACUUGUCAACCGUUGUCAAGCAGUUGAAUCUCAUACCGUCAAAGCAGCAUGGAACUGAUAUUAUGCGAAUAAGACAUUGGAACCUGGAUGGAUAUGCAAGAUUUUACAGGCAAACUAUAUUGUUGUCUUCUUAUUUAAACCCAGAUAUGAAUGCAUUGUUUAAUAACCAGUGCGUCAAUUACCAAGGAAAGGUGAAGUUGGAGUGUGAGUAUAAAGGCGUCCUUCCCAAGGUGCUGCUUCAGGUGCAACAGAUUUACCAGCGAUUUGGUGCAGAUUCCGUGACAGAUAUUGAUGAUGCUCGUCUUGAAUAUUUUUCAAAGAAGGUUUUCCCAAAAAUUAAAGAUUCCAUUCAGGGGGGUACAAUGAUAUUCAUUAGUUCGUACUUUGAGUUUGUUCGAAUUCGGAACUUCAUCAAGUCAGAGGAUGCAUCCUUUUGUAUACUUUCAGAGUAUACAAAACCGAGUGAUAUUUCUCGUGCACGGGUUUGGUUCUUUGAAGGGAAAAGGAAGAUCUUGCUGUAUACUGAGAGAAUGCAUUUUUACCACAGAUACAAGAUUCGCGGUAUAAAAAAUUUGUUAUUCUAUUCACUCCCGGAGAGAAAGGAGUUUUACCCUGAGAUAGUUAAUAUGCUUGAGGGAUCUGAUAAUGUUACAACCACCACCCUCUUUUCUCGUUUUGAUCAGCUCCGGCUGGAGAGAAUCGUUGGAACAGCAAACGCAAAGAGAAUGGCGAAAUCAGAGAAGGAUGUGUUUGUUUUCUGUUAGACAUUUUUGCGGUCUUAAGAAUUAUUGAAACGGAGAAAACUCCAAAAGAAAUUGCCAGGAAAAAGAAUUUGACAAAAAAGUCACCGGGAAAAGAACUUUGGUGGCCAGUGAUGAGUGAAAAAUUUUUGAGCCGCCGAUGGAUGCCCUUAUUUUAUUUUAUUUUAUUUACCUUUAUAUGAUCCUUUUGAGCGGUAGACAUCCACAAGUCCAACAAUUGGUUAAAACCUCCCUCAACCCGACAUCCCCCAACUUGAACUGAACCCUCCCUCUACUGGUCAACCGCCCUGCUUGUGUUAAUCCUUAAGCCGCCGAUGGAUGCCCUUACCUUACGUUCACUAGAUUUUUGAAACUCAUGAAAAUCCUUUCAUAACUGGUCAGAAAAUUUUGCUCACGUUCCUCUAGUCCCCCCAAGUGUACAUAUAUGUACGGCUAUACAUAUUAUUUUGUUAUCUAGACACAAAUAAUGCAGAAAAAGA